UUGGGGUUUCUUUUUGGUUGAAGAGGGUCGAUUUCAGAAAAUUCUCACAGUAGCAAAGAUUUGAGAAAAAGAGAAAAACGCAUGCCAAAAAUAGAGAAUACAAUACAGAUUGCUGACACAGGAGAGUCAAUUAUGAGGUAGCUCUUGUUUUGGCCCAACGCAAUGUUUAUUCUGUACUCUUUCCAUUGUCAAUUUUUCCUUUCAAAGUUGUAUAUUUUAUACUUGCUCGUGUUUUGCCGUUUUCUUGUUACACUUGAGCCUGCGAAUCAUAGGAUAGGCAAACCUAGUUCCAGCAUGGAAGACAAAAGCAUAUUUCUCACAAGCAGUGCAUUCAAGUGUCACAGUCACAGGUCUUUCAACAAUGAACAAUCUAGCUCUUAUACUGACGAUGUUCUCAUCAAGGAGGAGGACGACAAGGAGAAGAAACCUAACACUCUAACUGGGCUAAUUACCAGGGAGAUGAAGGUUACAAGCCAAUCUUAUGGGAAGGAAAACUUGGAGAAGAAGAUUUCAAGCCUACCUAUGUCUCACAGCAAGGUAUUGGAAAUCAUCACGUUUGCGAGUUGCUAUAAGAACCCCUCUACAAAAUUGCAAACUUUUACAAAUCUGGUUUGUUUUAGAUUACUCCUAGAAUGCACACCAUGGUUGUUGAUAUGCAAUUGUUUGAAAUAGAGUCUUGCCAAGAGCUAAAGAGAGACUUAAAAAAGAUGAGUAGGCAUGAAGAAA